AAUUAAGAAGAAUAUUUUAAAAAAAUAACAAAAAUCUUUUUUUUAUCGAUUUUUUAUAAGUCAAUAUGUUUGUAGCACGCAACGUAACCAAAGCAGCACGCCUAGCUGUGCGCGGAAAGCACACGCUUCCCAAGCUGCCCUAUGAGUAUACCGCUCUGGAGCCCAUUAUUUGCCGUGAGAUUAUGGAAUUGCAUCAUCAGAAGCAUCAUCAGACCUAUGUCAACAAUCUAAACGCUGCAGAAGAGCAACUGCAAGACGCCAAGAGCAAGAGCGAUACCACAAAAAUAAUUCAAUUGGGUUCGGCUCUACGUUUUAAUGGCGGAGGCCACAUUAAUCACACCAUCUUCUGGCAAAAUCUGUCACCUGAGAAGAGCACUCCCAGCGAGGAUCUGAAAAAAGCCAUCGAAUCCCAAUGGAAGAGCUUUGACGACUUCAAAAAGGAACUGACCGCCUUGACAGUGGGCGUUCAAGGAUCUGGCUGGGGUUGGUUGGGCUACAACAAGAAGACAGGCAAAUUGCAGUUGGCUGCUCUGCCCAAUCAGGAUCCACUUGAGGCAUCAACUGGUUUGAUUCCACUUUUCGGAAUUGAUGUUUGGGAGCAUGCUUAUUAUUUGCAGUACAAAAAUGUGCGCCCUUCGUAUGUUGAGGCCAUUUGGGAUAUUGCUAAUUGGAAUGACAUCUCGUGCCGCUACCAGGAGGCCAAGAAACUAGUCGCUUAGAGAGCUUUAAA